AUGGCCUCGGCCGCCCAUGCAGAGCCUUGGGUGGUGGCCAUCCCAUCCUACGACCGAGUUGGUACCAUAGUGUCACAUACACUCAACCUGGUAUGUUCGGCGGGUAUACCGACCCGGCGCAUCUUCGUCUUCGCAGACCCACGGCAGUGCGACGAGUACCAGAAGGCGCUAGAACCGCGCGGCGUCAAUGUGGUCCCGGGCGAAGAGGGCGUCUGCGGUCAGAGGAAUAGGAUCAUGAGCUUCUUUCCGGUGGGCACGCGCAUCGUGGAGAUGGAUGACGACAUCAAGGGCGUCGUCACCUCCACAGGAUCCGUGCGAAGCGACAGAACAGCGCAGGCAGUUCCGGUUCCCAACGCAAGCCUGCCAGCAAUCAUCGACCAUCUGUUUGCGGUGGCCAGUCGUGAGGGUUGCGUUCUCUGGGGCGUCUACCCGCUCGCCAACCAGUGGAUGCUUUCCCGGACCUACGCCUUGGGUUUGACAAAGGCAACCACACAACUGGUCGGCUACAUCAACCCGGGCACCGAGAUGAAGUUGACGGUGCCAGUCAUGGAGGACUACGAGCGCAUACUGCGUUUCUUCAGCCAGGGAAAGUUGUGCAUGCGCUGCGACUACCUGGGACUCAAGACUGCGAACAAGGGCCGUGGUGGUUGUUCUUCCGCCUUCACCGAAUACAAGGUGAUCAAGGAUGGACAUCUGAAGAAGCAUCUGCGCCACCCCCGCGAGCACCUCGAGGCGCUUGCGGCCGAAAAGCUCAAGAAGCUCUUCCCGGAUCUUGUCACAUCCGCUACGAAGCCAAAGGUCGUGGAGAAGAUGGUGGAAAACAUGGGCCUCGUGCAGUAUCAUCGGCCUGGGUGGAGCUUGAACUUCAGGCAAAAGAUCCGGUACAUUUGUGCAUCGGAUGUCUCUGGAGCUUUUGCGGAGAAGUUGGGUCUAGGACCCAACGUCGAGCCCCAGAAGACGGUGGUCAACGGCUCGGUGGUGGACUUGCGCGUCGCAAAGCAGCGAAGGGCCAGGCGUCGGGCGGCCAGGAAGGCUGAGCGACUGGCAGAGCAGAUGGCCUCAAGCGACGCGAAGGACCCGCGGAAGAAGCUUCAGCCGAAGGAGGAGGACGGCAGGAAGAAGCUCGGGAAGGUGCGCGUCAAGGAUCCUCGAAGACAUCGGCCCAGAACAAAGAUCGAAGAGGGCAAAGAGGAGUACCAUCUGCAUCGCAAGAAGCGGCGCCGGCUACGGGUGCACACCGACUUCGCCCAUUCCUUCCGAUUUGACAUGAGUGCUCUGGCCUUCAUCCAUCGGAACUCGAAGGACCAAUUGAUGCAGGCAUGCCGGGAGGAAGGCCUCAGCGAUCAAGGGUCCCGGAAAGUUCUCGCCGAGCGUUUGUCCGAUCACUGCCGGAGGCUCAUGGGCGAGUCAGGCGAUGCGUUGCUGGGCGAGGCUGUGCCCAAGCUGCAGGGCAUCAGUUCCGGCAUGACAUGA